AUGAGUGAAUUUGUGGAAGAAGAUAUCGAAGGUUUGCUUCCUGUUUUCGAGACAUUAAGAGAUGUUCAGUUAUUAUCACCUACUGAAAUUGAUGCAUUUGUCAAACGUUGCCAGUUCUUCGAAUAUCGUCUUCAAAAGCCUCGGAAAGAUCCAUCGUCGUUCAAAGGAUAUACCGAUUAUUUGGGAUCGAUUAUGAAGCUUGUUUGAAUGCGACGGAAACGAUUGAAUUACAGGUUGAGAGAAGAUGAAAUUGAAGGCAAAAUCAUCAUCAAAGUUGCCAAUCUGCUGCGACAGUGUUGUGAACGAUUUCAGGGACGGGCAGAGCUUUGGUUUGAUUUGAUCGGAUUUUUGAAGGAAGAAAAAAUGUAUAUCCGAUGCAGUAAAGCGUAUUUCCGUGCAAUGCAGCUCUUUCCAAGGAAUUCUGCUUUACGAAUUCAAGCGGCUCGAUUUGAAUAUUCAGUCGAACAUAGAAUAGAGUGCGCACGUUGUAUGAUGCAGAGGGGCGAUUCGGUUGAAUCCUACGGAAUGCAGUUUAUGGACGAAUUUUGCUCACCUGGAAUUAGAUCAUGUCAAAUGGUUGAUUACUCGAAAGAGUAUAUUGACGGGAAAAGGGAUGAUUAUCAUCUGCUAUGUACUGAGGAGAAAGAACUGGAAGUGACAGCUGAAGCGCAGAAAACUCCAGAAAUGAAAGUAAAUAUAAAAGAAAAAAGUGGACAGGAUGCAGUUUUGAGUCUUCGAGUCGUUGAAACAAUCAUUAAUGAGGCCUUGAAAUGUUGCGUUUCAGGACGAAGUGCAAUGCUACUGAAUUUUUGGAGAAUUAUGAAGAAAUAUGGUCUGGUGGCAUGUCAUCUGGUAGAAAAAUUGUAUGAUAUGUUAUGGACGCCGAAGUAUAAAAGUGAAGAAAGUUGGAUUGCAAAAUCGGAAUUAAUGAAUUACGACCAAUAUUCUCUCUACGAAUUGUUUGACAAAGCUUGUGCGGAUAUACCAACUGAAAGGAUGCAUCGACAUUAUUUGACUCUUUGUCAAAGACAUUAUUCAUAUGAUGAUUAG